AUAGUAGUAGCUGACUUCCAGCUAUUUGUCGACGAUCCUUCGCAGUAGACGUACUCACUGAUAGAAUAUGAAACUAUUUCUCUUUUUUGCCUUUAUUUAUUUAUGCUCUGCUGUUGACGGUAAGCUAUUUACAAAAUAUUAAAAUUUGUUAAUUAACUUUUUUAUUAAAAUACAAUACACUUUAAUUAAAAGCUUAGUUUAUAGAUCGAAGAAAGUGUAUUUUUACGGUCGAAAUAAACUAAUAAAAAUAUUCUGCUAAUUUCAAAUUUCUCUUGCAUUAUACACUGUAAAUUAAUGAACGAAAGAGCUGUACUUCAAACUCAUAAAUUUAUUAUGAUAAAAAUUAUUAUUCCAUUAGUAAGAAUAACAUCUUUUGAGAACAGCUCUGACUCAUAAUUUAUAAAUAAUUUAUCGCGCUAUAUCUUACCCUGACAGUGCAAAAUAAUUAUGAAAGAAAAAUAUAUGAUUUUUUAAUGCAACAUUAUCAACCUGCUAUAAGACCAAGAAAAGAUUCUACAAAACCUGUUGAUGUUACCUUAAGGCUCGAACUACAUAAACUCCAAAAAUUGGAGGAGGUUGAUGAAGUUCUUCAUGUAUCCGGACUAGUUAUUGCGACAUGGACGGAUGAUUUUCUUCAGUGGACACCGGCAAAUUUUGGGGGUGUUGAUCACAUCAUUAUACCAGCUUCAAAGGUAUGGACUCCUGACCUUGGUUUGGAUAAUGGAGUAUCAUAUUUCAUUACCUCUGACUGGGUUUACAAUUUUCGAGUUAGUAUAAGAUAUACUGGGGAAGUUUUAUGGAUAUUUGGAGGAGAGUUUACAACAUCUUGUACUUUACAUGUUACCACCUACCCAUUUGAUAAACAAACGUGCGAACACUUAUGGGUAUCUUGGCUUCAUGGAGACAAUGCCCUCACUCUUAAUGCUGGACAUGAUGUAGUCGAUUUAACAAAUUAUGACCAACAUGGAGAGUGGCACAUUGCGACCACCUCUGUGGAAAAAAUUGAAAGCGCAAAAUUGACUGACCACUUGAAAUAUCCGCGACUUAAGAUAACUUUUAAUUUUACGCGUAAAAGAACUUUUUACGCCUUGAAUAUUAUUUUACCCUGUGUAUUUCUUCUAAUACUUACAUGGCUGAUGUUCUGGCUACCUUGUGAAUCAGGUGAAAAGGUUUCUCUGGGAAUAACUAUCCUUCUGGCAUUUAGUGUGUUGCAGCUUAUGGUCGCAGAUCAUUUACCGCGAACUUCUGAUUACAUACCUAUUCUGAGUUACAUGCUUGUUCUCAUUUCGGGUAUUUGUACUGGAGGAGUCGUUGCGAAUAUUUUUGUACUAGUUCUGCAUCAUCAUGGUACCCAUUCAAGACCUCCAAGAUGGAUUAGAGUUAUUGCAUUUAAAUAUCUUGCAAAAGCAUUCUGCAUUCAGAAGGCAGUUCCGGAAGUUGAAGAUUCACCGAAUACCACCAAAGUAGCUGCUAUUGAUACCGAAAAUUCAAGAACGGACUUGGUAUCACCGCCUCCUCCUACUGAAGAGAAGAAUCAAAUUGAUAAUGGUCAAUCAAAUAAUUACAUGAAUUACUUGCUUGAUAAGGCUAAGGCUGAAGAAGAAGAAGGAGCUAUUGCAGCUGAAUGGCAAGGAUUGGCAGUUAUUGUAGAUUACAUUUUUUUCAUUAUUACUUUUUUAGUUAUUAUUAUCAGUUUUGCUGCUGUAGUACUGUAG